AUGCCAAAAACCUAAAGCCUGUUGUCUUCAUCAUAACUGCGCCUUAACCCUUUUUAUUGCUGCUGAUCACAAAAUAGCCGUUAAAUAGAACCCUCAUUAGUUUAUUAGUACAUACAAGGACAAUGGCCGUUUGAAUGAGACAGAGCAUUGAUGAGAAGAAAUUUUGCAGAGAACAGAUGGGGGUUCUUAAUAAAAAUCUCUACUUUUCUUACUUUCAAAAUUAUCUUAGCAGAAGAAGAAAAACAAGUGAUAAUCUUGUUACUUUUUGGGUUUCUACAAGGAAAAAGGGUUCUCAUUUGAGCAGAAACAGAGAUUUUUGUGUUUUGGACUGAUAAUCUAAAGUUAGGUUUUGAUCAGAAAUGAUGAUGAGAACAAGAAGAAAUGUGGUCAGCUCCCAUGCAAAGAGCUGUGAGGCCUGUGAAAGCAGUGGUUGUGGUUCAGCUAAGCGGAAACGAGGCAGAUCCAAGGAAGGGUCUGUAACUCGGACUACUCAGGGUCAUGAAUUUGAUAAGCUGUGUUGAUUUUGGUCCAUCUAGUGUUUCAGCAAAAUUUGAUACUGCUAGGAGUUCACAUGCUUCUCCAAGUGUUAAACGAAAGCCGAGAAAGCCUACAAAGAAUGGAAAUGAUGCGAGUGCACAUGCUUCUCCAAAAAAAGAUUUCAAGUCUAAUAAGAUCUCUAAGAACAAAGAUGAUUGUGUGAAGAAAAACUUUGUGCGUGCCAAUCCAAGUUACCUUAACACUCUUGGAAAUGCUCAUUCUGAGUGGUGUUUUGGUGCAAUAGCUGAGCUUGUUGACAACUCCAGGGAUGCCAAGGCAACCGAAUACGAUUAUGAUAUAGGUGGAAGAACAAUAUUCAAAAAAUCAUGUCAAGAACAUUCCAAUGUUGUCAAUCAUUGAUAAUGGUCAUGGUAUGGCUCAUGAGGAUUUAAUCGCAAUGCUGUCAUUUGGGUGCAAAAAACCUGUUGUAAGUGACUUGGAUCGUAUUGGAAAAUUCGGUAUAGGAUUUAAGGCGGGAGCUAUGAAACUUGGCCGUGAUGUGAUCGUACUUACCCAAACUGCUGAGACAAGAUCCAUAGCGUUUCUAUCUGAAUCUUCAAAUGAGGGAAAAAAAUGUGAGUUUGUAAUCAAGCAACUCUUGCAUACAAUCUCACAGCUAUAAAGGAAUUUUCAACAUUCAAUGAAUAUUCCAUUGGUGCAAUGUUUGGCUUAUUUGGUGCAAAAGGCCAAGGAACUCAAAUUCACAUAUGGAAUUUGGA